AUGCAUCACAAAAAACAUGAAAACCGUCAUCAGUUAGUAUCAUCAUCGCAUCAUUAUCGAUUGGCAACAAGGUCUUCAACACUUAUAUUUAGUAAAUCUAUCAAAGUCAAACGUUUAAUUAAUACUUCAAUAACAAGAAACGAUGAAACUCGGCUAACUAAUAGACGAUCAAUUGAAUGUCAUCAACAUUCAACACCUGUAACAACUGGAAAUAUCGCCUCAACCGCACAAAAUAUUCAUUCUUCUUCUUCUACUUCUUCUUCUUCUUCUUCUUCUUCUUCUUCUCCAUUUGAUAUAUUUCGUCGUAGAGCAACAAGUACUUCUAAUAUGACAUCCUAUUCUGCACUUAAACGUAAAGCUCAACGAUCUGAUGUAUCAUCAAAUAUAUCUCGAUUUCAAGUUAAUCUUGAACAUGUUCUUGGAUUUACUUCCAUAUCAAAUUCAUUGGUUAGCCAAGAUCAUUCGACAAUAGCUUAUGCUGCUGGUUCAACUGUGGUCUUAUAUGAUAUUCAUACACAAAAGCAAGAUUUCAUUAUUAAUACAGCUCGGAAAGCUAUUACAUCCUUAUCAUUAUCACCCGAUGGUCGAUAUUUAGCAACAGGCGAAUGUGGUCAUGAUCCUAAAGUACGGAUUUGGGAUUUGACUGGUGAUAAAACAGUUUCUAUUGAAUUGGGUGACCAUACAUUUGCUAUUGAUAAUGUGUGCUUUUCGCCAAAUGUUGAUCGUCUUGUAUCGAUUGGAUCUUUACAUGAUGGAAAUAUAUAUGUAUGGAGUUGGAAAGAUAAGAAAAAACUUGCAUCAAAUAAAUGUACAUGUGCUAUUCGUCGCGUUGCAUUUGCUGAAGAUGGAAGUUAUUUUGUAACUGUUGGUAAUCGUCAUGUGAAAUUCUGGUAUUUAAUAUCCACGUCAGCCUUGGAAGUUGUACCAUUACGCGGCCGAUAUGCAAUUUUAGCUGAACGUAAAGAUAAUUUAUUCACAGAUGUUGUUUGUGGGCGUGGUGAUUGUGCUGGUAUGACUUAUGUUGUUACAGCCAAUGGUCUCAUUUGUCAAUUCGAUGAACAUCGACAAAUGUGUGGUGAACUUGAUCUUCACGAAAAAGCAAAUUGCUUAACUAUUGGUGAUUUAUAUCUUGUUGUUGGAUGUGUCAAUGGUGCUGUUUAUAUAUUUUCACCCCAAACACUCGAUUAUAUUAUGUCUAUUCCUUUGCCACAUUACUUGGGUGUUGAUAUUGCAUUUAUUACAUCGAUUGAUCAAAUGACCUAUCCACAUCCACAACAACAGAAUAUGUCCUUUCCUGAUACAAUUGCUAUUUGUUUAGAUGAAGAUAAAUCUGUGCUAGCAUGCUUUUAUAAUGAUCAUAGUUUUUACGUAUGGGAUCUUGUGAAUGAGCGAUCGAUAAAAAAACGUGAUUCUCAUUUGUAUCAUUCAGGUUGUGGUUGGGGAAUCGAAACAUAUUCAAGAACGAAUACAACAUCAUCAAUUCCUCGCAAUUUAUCAUGUAUCACUUGUUCAUCAGAUAAUUCUAUUCGUUUUUGGUCAUUAAAUCAUAGUGAAAAUGACUCACAUUCAACGCCAUCAUCAUCAUCAUCAUCAUCAUAUUCUUCAAAUAUCUUCAGCAGACAAUUGAUAAAAAUUAUCUAUCUGGAUAAUGAUUAUUCUAAAUUAUGUGAUAGUCAAACAACUCAAGAACGACCUGAAUUUGUACCUAAAAUUGGAGGCCGUUGUAUGAAAAUAAAUCCUGAUGGUUAUUCGUUAGCAAUAGGCGAUAGAAAUGGAAAUAUUCGUAUAUUUAACAUGGAACUGCUGCAACAAAUCGCACUUAUUGAAGCACAUGAUAGUGAAGUACUUAGUAUUGAUUACAGUUAUUCGUCUGAUAUGGGCGUCACAUUUUUGGCAUCAAGUAGUCGUGAUCGCUUUGUUCAUAUAUUUGAUGUAACAAAAGAUUAUCAACUUGUUGCCACAUUAGAUGAUCAUUCUGCGGCUAUAACAGCUGUUCGUUUUACAUUUUCAUCAAUAACUUCGAAUCUACAAUUAAUUUCAUGUAGUGCUGAUAAGUCACUGAUAUUUCGUUCAAUAGUAAAAAACGAAAAUGGAAAAUAUCAAUUUAUACGUUCAAAUAACAUUGUUGAAAAACAGACAUUUUAUGAUUUAGGCAUUGAUCAUAAACGUGAAUUUGUUAGUACAGCUUGUCAAGAUCGUAUGAUAAGAGUUUACAAUUUACAAGAUGGUAAACGAGUACGAACAUGUAAAGGAUCAAUUGGUGAUGAUACUGGUUAUUUAAUUAAAAUUGAUAUUGAUACAACAGGACGAUAUUUAGCAACGUCUUGUUCAAAUAAAUGUGUUUAUAUUUGGGAUACAAUAACAAACGAAUGUGUUGCUUCUCUUUGUGGACACAGUGAAAUUGUUACUGACUUAAAAUUUAGCCAAGAUGGACAUUAUUUAUAUACGAUUUCGGGUGAUAGCUGUAUUUUUGCUUGGAAUAUUAUUGAAUUAGCCAUUGUACCAACAACAUGUCGAAUUCAACCAUUACCAUCAACAAAAUCGACUGAUUUAGAAUUAACUGAAGCCGAUGAAUCGAUAUCACAAACUUCAAAUGUCAAUGAUGAGAGUCAACAAAACUCGAAACGUCAACGAAGUUUAUGGGCAACAAUUGAGCCAAGUUUACCAUCAUUCGAAACAAAAUUUCUUCAAACACAAAUAUCUGACGAUGCCAAUGAAGAUUCCAUUAAUAAAAUGGUUGCUUCUACAAGUUCACAAGAAGAUACAUCAACGUUUCUUGACGAAGAUGACGAUCAAACAUUUUCGUCAACAACAAAUGGUACAAAUAGAAAAAUGAAUGCAUUUUUUACUGAAAAUUAUGAUCAUGAAAAUCUUGAACCGAAUACUAUCGCUACUACUGAAACUGUUGCUUCACAUGAAAUUAAAUCACGAAAAAGUGUUUCUGCUCGUUUUCGUUCAAUUUCAAAAGAUUUAAUAAUGCCUGACACAUUAUUAACAUCAAUGGAUACAAAUCAAGAAAAUAUUUCACUGAAUUCAUCAACAACAGCGAAUCGUCAAAGUAAAUCUGUUCAAUCACGAGCAAUCAUUACAACAACAAAUGAAUCAAAAAUAUCAUCAUCAUCAUCAUCUAAACUCUCCACAACAGGAAAAAUUCGUAUUAAUCGAACACGAUCUGAAGAUCGUUUUCGCGGAUCAUCUCUGUCACUUCUUAAUAAUAUUACAGAUACAACAUCAGCAUCAUCUUCAAAUUCUCAAUUACCAUCCUAUGCCGCUCAUACAUCAAGUUCAAUGAAUAAACUUCGUGAAAAUUCAACGUCAGUAACUUCACCUCCACCUGUAGCUUCUCUUCUUCCCUCGUCAUCGAAUUCUUCACUAGCUAUAUCUUCUUCUUCUUCUCAAGCACGUCGUAUUCCAUCCGUAAUUUCAGUUGAUACUCGUUCAUCAUCAAAUAAAAAUAUGUCAAAAUCUCGUUCGACACAAAAUCUUAUCCUUCCUACAGCAAUGCUGUCAAAUUAUACGGCUCAAAAAGCGAAACUAGCUCCAUCACGUCGCUUAAAAGUUCCUCGGCGACCACCUAAUUUACCGACAACAGUAGCAACAAUAAAUACUCAAUCAUCAUCGUCAUCCUCAUCGAACAAUUCAUCUCCAUCAAAAUCAAAACAACAUCUGCCACCUUGUUUACAAGAUUCUAUUUUACCAUUACGUGAAUUAGAUAAUUCAACAAAUGAUCUUAUGCCAAAAUGGGCGCAAGACUGUUUUUAUCGAACAGUUGUACUUGGUUUAAAACCAUUACUUUUACAAGAUAUUCCUGCAUCGCCAUUAAAACAUUCAACUAGUACAUCAUCAAUCGAAAGUUCUGAUUCUUUAGAAACAACAAGUGAAUUAGUAAACAGCCAAAAACAAAUUAAAAUACGGCGAAGUGUAUCGAUAUCAGAUUAUAAACAAAUUGAAACAAAAACAAACAAAGAAAAUAAUUCUAUUUCAAAUGACCAUCGUAUGCCAAUUAUAAAUCAUCUUGUUAGUGAUUUACACAAACAUCUUAAUGAACUAGAAAACUUCUAUUCAACAGUUUCUCAAAGUUCAGAUAAACACGAUUUGAAUAUAAAGCAAUAUAUUGAACAGAUAUAUACUGAUCUGCAUAUACGUGUUACAAAUAAUCACCAACAACAAAAUCAAACAGCACAUGUUGUUAAUAAUUGA